AUGGUGAUCUUGGUGAGCUUAACUGGGCAUGGAGGAAACGUUCAGGACUCAUCUGCAUUUGAAUCCGGUAAUAUUAAGGCAGCCGAUGACUGCACUGUUAGAACAGAGCCUCUUGUCAAGUACGCUGAUACAGUGUCCUCACACCAGCCUCUUGUCAAGUACACUAAUACCGUGUCCUCACACCAGCCACUUGUCAAGUACACUGAUACAGUGUCCUCACACCAGCCUCUUGUCAAGUACGCUGAUACAGUGUCCUUACACCAGCCUCUUGUUAAGUACGCUGAUACAGUGUCCUUACACCAGCCACUUGUCCAGUACACUGAUACAGUGUCCUUACACCUGCCUCUUGUCAAGUACGCUGAUACAGUGUCCUCACACCAGCCUCUUGUCAAGUACGCUGAUACAGUGUCCUUACACCUGCCUCUUGUCAAGUACACUGAUACAGUGUCCUUACACCUGCCUCUUGUCAAGUACGCUGAUACAGUGUCCUCACACCAGCCUCUUGUCAAGUACGCUGAUACAGUGUCCUUACACCUGCCUCUUGUCAAGUACGCUGAUACAGUGUCCUCACACCAGCCUCUUGUCAACGUCAAGACGGUUUAUGGGAAUAUAGACGAGAGGAAACGUUUGCCUCCCGCGGGUGAUGUGAGCCAGGCGGUGGUCGCCGCUCAUAUAACCGGCGUCUCUUGCCGGCAGCGGUCAGUCUUGCCGCUGUUGUCGAGAAGGUACAGAGACGAGGUUUCUCCUGUGCGUCCUCAGCUACUCGUCCAGCGGUCAGUCUUGCCGCUGUUGUCGAGAAGGUACAGAGACGAGGUUUCUCCUGUGCGUCCUCAGCUACUCGUCCAGCGGUCAGUCUUGCCGCUGUUGUCGAGAAGGUACAGAGACGAGGUUUCUCCUUGUGCGUCCUCAGCUACUCGUCCAGCGGUCGUCUGCAGCGCCUCCUUGUUCAAUACUUCUCUUGGUUUACUGGCCAGAAGAGUAGUACCUGUCUCUUCAGCUUCAGAGAUGGUCUCCCCUUGUGUGCUGCUGCUGCUGGUCUCCUGCUGUCUGCUGCCUGCUGCCUCCGCUCCAGUUGGCGGAGACUGGGACAUAAACAAGGCAUGUUCGUACAGGCAACAUAACCUCGCUAAACCCAUGAAGAAAUGGAACACGCGGCCUUGCCCCUUCACCUUCACGGAGGUGAAGGUGAACGGGGUCACCAUCUACAACGCCACCUGCGCCCCCUCCGACAACUGGCGAUGCCGCCCCAACAUGCUGGUGGUGAAUGAUCUCCCCGUCGCCACCUACUGCUACGAAGACCUGCCUGAGGACAGUCCUGGUGACAUCCGCUUAGAUUCAUGAGCGGAGUUGACUAGAAGAAAGAACUCAUUCACAGUGGAACUACGAGAUGAUCAUUGGAGCAACCGGGUGGGGGGGGGGGGCGGUUCCUCAGCCCUGCUUCAAUGUUUAAUUAAAGGACUCGUUUGUUAUUGUUUUUCCUGCCUGACCGCGGAGGUUGUGUAUCACCCAAGGUCUCUCUUACCCUUGUCUUCACACCUGGGUCCACUGUCUUGUUACAGCUGUGGCUGGAGACAACAGCUGUACAGCUGUGGCUGGAGACAACAGCUGUACAGCUGUGGCUGGAGACAACAGCUGUACAGCUCUGGCUGGAGACAACAGCUGUACAGCUGUGGCUGGAGACAACAGCUGUACAGCU